AUGUCUGAACAAUAUAAAUACCUAUUAGAUCAUCCACCUAAACAAUGUAAUUAUGAUGAGUCAUUAAAAGGACUAGUAAUGGCACCAUUUCCUGAAGGUGAACCUAUUCCAGUAAGAUUUAUGUUAACUAAGAUCAAUCCAUAUAAUUUCUCUCUUUUUGUAUUUCACAGUUCUGAAAAAGACCUUAAAGACAUUGAAGAUGAAAUGGUAAUGGUAAGUAAAAUGUUUAAAGCACGUAUUAUUGCAUUUGAUUAUCCAGGAUAUGGAUUAAAUAAAAAUAAAAAAGAUGUUUCAAUGGAAAAGAUGCUUGAUAGUAUUUUUGAUGUAAUGGCACAUAAAGGAUAUAGAGAAGAUAGAACUCUUCUUCUUGGAUAUUCUCAUGGAUGUGGACCUGCCUUACAAUAUGCAUCUAUUUUAUCUGAAAGAAAAAAAGCUGCUUUAUCAUUAGAAACAAAUGGGAUUAUAUUAUUUUAUCCAGUAGAUACAAUUCCAUUAGGAAUUGAUUAUCAUUUUCAAUCAUUUUUCAAUUCAGUUCAAAAUGUAGUUUAUUAUCAUGUAUUAAUGAUGGUUCCAAAACAUGAUAAAUUCUUUAAUUCAAUGAAAGAAAUAGAAAAAAUAAGAAAAUCAGAUGAAAAUUAUAAAAGUCGUGUAGAAAUUUGUGUACAUAAUUUUUCUCGUUUAAAACCAACAUCAUUAAAUAGAAAACGAUUAAUAGAUAUUCAUGAUAGUACAUAUCCUUGGUUUAAGAAAGUUGAUGCACAAAUUACAAAAUAUAAAGUAAAUAAACUUAAUAUUUCUAUGGCAAUUACUACUGUAUUAAAACUUAAUAAAAAAAUUCCAUCAUUACCAAUUCAUAAUGAUUUCUUAAUUAAUCAAUUUUUGAAUAGAAAUAGAUUAGAUGAAUUAAUUCCUAUUUUUGAAGAAAAGAGAUUAUAUUCUACAGUAUUUGUUAUUAUGAAUAAUUUAGAAAAUAGUUCCUUAAUAGGAGAAGAUCGUUCAAUUGUAGAUAAGUUAAAUAGAAUUUGUAGAGUGUUUAAACCUAUAAUUACUAAAGAUUGGAAAACACUUAGACAUGAUAUGCUUUGUGAAACUCUUACUAGAAUAGAUGAAACUACUGAUAUUUUAGAUAAAAAAACAAAGGCCCUUCAAAGUAGUAAAAAAGUAGAAGUACCAGAAGGUACUUUUAAUAAUAAUGAAAUUGAAAUGGAUUCUGAAUCUAAUGGUGGUGAUAAUAUAAGUGAACAAACAUUUAUUACUUUAAAUGGUAAAAAAGUAUUAAAUCCAAAGAAAAAAACUAUUGGUGGUGCAACAUCAAAUAAAUUUGUUGUUCCUCAAUGGGCAAAAGGAAUUGAAUGUGAUUUUACAGUGUUUGUUAAACAACCAAUUAAUUUUUCUGAUUAUUUCUUAUGUAAAGAAUCAUUACACAAAAAACAUUCAAACACUAAUUAA